CAGGGGCGGACUGACCAUUCGAGCACUCGGGCACUGCCCAUGGGCCCAGGAUUAGUAGGGGCCCAUGAAAUGCCACUGUUAUCCUGUUUUAUAGGCUUUUUUGGUGUGGGCAAGGACACAGGGGCCCCAUGGUUGCCUAUUGCUCGGGGGCCCCAUGAGUUGUCAGUCCGCCCCUGAUUGGUCCCAUAGGAUGGUGCUGAUCAGUUGUCAGUGAAGGGCGUGUUGACUGCACCAUUGGACAAACCACAUGAGAUGGAAGGGCCGAGC